AACCAGCCAUCCCUGUAAAUUCGAAACCGAAACAAUAAUAUUUUAAUGUUAAAAAUUCGUGUCUUUGAUUUUCUCUCUCCUUAAUUUCUUUGGAUUUUGAAGUUUUGAACUGUACACCGUCCCGCUCAUGCGCCCCCUAUAUUUUCACUCUUUUUCUCUCUCUAUAAAAAGAGCUCACUCUUCUUCUGCAUGAUCUGAACCUACUCUGUUUCCUUCGAGCUCAGGAUGCUGAGUAAGGUUUGAUGAGUCUUAUUCGACUUUGAAAGCACUUUCUUGCUCUUCUCCAAGGCUUGUAAAUAUGAAGAAGGAAAAUAUUGUUAUGGCUAAUGUUGGAGAACCUACUACUCGAAUAACAAGAGCUCGAGCUGCUGCCUGUCGUGCAACUGGAGGGAUUCCCCAGUCAGAAGCACCAAAACAGCAGGAUCAAAAGCGGGUUUUAAGGAUAAACUCAAAAAGAGCAGCCUUGGACGAGGUGAAGAACAGUGCUCCUGUUCCUGCAGGUGUUCAGCACAAGAGGAGGGCAGUGCUUAAGGAUGUCACAAAUGUUUGCUGUGAUUCCUAUAAGAACUGCCUCAUUGCAGCUAAAAUUUCGAAAAAGAAUAGUAAACCGGCCAGAAAAUGUUCGGCGAAUGUUUCCAAGGUUGCUCCCUCUGUUGCAGUACAAAUGCAGCAGCUUCCAGCAGAAUCAAAAACAAAAAUAGCUCAAGAAACUGCGAAGACAGAAGUUGAAUGUUCAGUGAAGUUGGUAGACAACAUACCUUGUCAGACAGGGAUUACUGUGAAAGGGUGUGCCAUAGACAAUCAUCUGCUUGGAAAACAAAAUACUGAACUUCCUUUACAACUAAAAUUUUCAGAGAGAGAUGAAGUUGGCCUUUGUGGGAAGUUGAUUGCAUCUACCAAGCCAGACAUUACAAACAUUGAUUCUGACCAAAAGGAUUCUCUAUUGUGCACCAUCUAUGCUCCUGAUAUCUAUAGCAAUUUACGUGUUGCGGAGCUGAUCCGAAGGCCACAUACUACUUUUAUGGAAACAGUACAGCGAGAUAUCACCCAGAGCAUGAGGGGAAUUUUGGUUGAUUGGCUUGUUGAGGUAUCUGAGGAAUAUAAGUUGGUGCCAGACACAAUUUAUCUCACUGUGCAUCUCAUUGACUUGUUUCUCUCUCAAAACUACAUUGAAAGGCAAAGACUACAAUUGCUUGGCAUCACUUGCAUGUUCAUCGCCUCGAAGUAUGAAGAGAUUUGUGCACCUCGGGUGGAGGAAUUUUGUUUCAUCACGGACAACACUUACUCUAGAGGAGAGGUUCUGAAAAUGGAGAGUCAAGUUUUAAAAAAUUUGGGUUUUCAACUUUCAGCACCAACUGCAAAAAAAUUCCUGAGGAGAUUCUUACGAGCAGCACAAGCUUCUUACAAGACCCCUAGUCUUGAACUGGAGUUUUUAGCAAAUUAUCUAGCAGAACUGACAUUAGUCGAUUAUGAGUUCUUGAAAUUACUUCCUUCCACAAUUGCUGCAUCAGCUGUAUUCCUUGCUAGAUGGACAUUAGAUCAGUCGGGCCACCCAUGGAAUGCAACUCUGGAACACUAUACCAAUUACAAGGCAUCGGAUCUAAAAAUUGCAGUUAUUGCAUUACAAGGUUUACAACUGAAUACCAACGAUUGCCCCCUGAAUGCUAUCCGUGCAAAGUACAGGCAAGAUAAGCAGUAUAAAUCUGUAGCAGCUUUGUCUUCCCCUGAACUUCUACAAACACUCUUCUAAAGAUAGCAUGGCUGAUUUAUCAUAGCCACAACAGGGUGCUAACAGAUAAAGAUUCUUCACCAUACCAGAUGGGAGUUGCCUCUGUAUAUCGGCCUCUCUUCCUUGAGGUUUUACCUGAUGUCUAAUUUUAAAUCUUUUUUUUUUUUUUUUCAAUUUUCUGCUUCAUUUAUAUUUGUUUCUGCCCAUUUUCUUUUUUACCUUUCAAAUCGCUGUUCAUAAUUCUUUCACAACUUUGUUGGGUUUGGUUCUUCCAAACCUCUGUAAGUUGAAUCCCAAAAUCUCUUUCUGAACUAACUAAUCACCUGAAAGAUAAAAAUUAAUUGUUGGGUUGUAAGUUUGGUAAGAAAGAAAUGUAAUUGAUGAUUCGUAUUACUUUUGUUGCCGAGGCAUCCAUUGAAUGAACUGUUUUUAUCUGUA